AUGGAAAUCACAGAAGCUCAGUACCAACUUAUUGCACCGAUCCUUCCCGUUCAACGUGGCAACGUCAGCUUGCCGAACCUGCAAGUUCUCAACGCCAUCCUGUAUGUCGCCGAGCAGGGCUGCAAGUGGCGGGGGUUGCCGCCUCGAUUUGGCAACUGGCACACUGUAUACAUGCGGAUGAACCGUUGGUCAAAGAAUGGGGUGCUCGACCGGGUAUUCGAAUAUCUGCAACGAGAGCAGAUAGUGCGCAUCAAGCUCGAGGCGGUUUCGAUGGACAGCACCAUCGUCAAGGCCCACGACGCGCCAGAGGGGCGGAAGUUGUUGACACGCCUUGGCUCACAGGGUCAGAAGCCGUUCCUGAUAAUGGACCGGGCAUACGAGGGGAAUGAGACCCGCCAACUGGCGUUGGCGCUGGGGUUCACGCCGGUUGUUCCGCCCCUGAGCACCCGAGUCGACCCUUGGGAGUACGACCGGGAGAUGUACAAGAGGCGGAACGAAAUCGAGCGGUUGUUCCGUCGGUUGAAGGGGUUUCGCCGCAUCUUCUCUCGCUUUGAGAAGCUCGACACGCUCUUCCUAGGGUUCAUCCUGUUUGCCCUCAUCUUCGAUGCCCUACGUUAG